AUGGCAUUUAUCAAUUCACACAAAAACUUUGCUGUUAAAUCUGAAUUAGACGUCUUUUCAACUAAACCAAGUCAACACUCUAUUGAAUCAGGUCUUUUUAUAGAAUGCAGACCAAUUUCUGUAUUGGACUCGGACAGUCCGCUAGAAUUCUUCAUAAGCGCUUCGGACGACUACAUUGACCUUCCACACACACAAAUUAAAUUAAAAGUAAAAAUAGGUCGGGAAGAUGGAGCUGAUAUUGACGACAGCGAUUCUGUUGCACCUUGUAACAACUUUUUAAAUAGUCUUUUCGACCAUGUGAGCGUAGAGCUUAAUGGAAAAACAAUCACUCCGCCUUCAAACUAUUAUAAAUAUCGUACAUAUAUUGAAAAUCUAAUAAAUUAUUCAACCGAGGCUCAAAACAACGCCCCGGUAUUCUUACAACCGAGAACAAGAAACAUUGUCAUCACUGGCAACAUUAUACAGUGUGCCUCAUUCUUUCAGCCAGCAUUUCUUAUAAACGACCAAUGGUACAAAAAUGCACAACGAAGUUUUCAAGAAAUAACUAAACCGAAAUCGCUAAAUCCGAACGCGGCAGAUAAAUGGUUAUUCGAACCAUUAAAUGGAGUGGCCCAUAAGGGGAUAUACUCCGAAAUUGAUAUUUCAAGCUACGUGAAGAGCUUGAAUGAGCCCUUAAUUUUGAGUCACUUACCCUUCUUAUACAAUGGAUGA